UGAAGGUGAGCCCGAAUAGAGACGGAGAAGAUCACGCGUUAACAUGAAAAGACAGAGAGGGCAGAAGGUGGCGGAAGAUAACGACAUCGGGGAGUGGCCCACGCACACACUAGAGGCACGAGAAGUGUUGGACGAGUCGUCAAGGACGCAUUACGCAACUCUACUGGCGGCCUUUGCUUUUGACGGCGCAGUAAUCGAGCCAGGAGGAUACGGUCGACACCUCAAAGGCGCUCUAGUGCAAGUGUACUUCACACUAAGACACAUCAAGGGCGAAAGAACGAACACGUUCAGAGCCAAAAUCACAGCCAUAAGAAUCCUAGUACCGCCCCCGCGGAUCAAAACUCGCCGAUGUAUAGUGCAAACGGACGACAGAGUGGACCAAUGAUGGUACAGGAAUUGGACUGAAGGAUACAGGAUCAAGUGGACUGGAAAUGAGAAGUAGAUCAGAUUGAUCAGGGUAGCUGUACGAAUAGGCACUGCUGGCAAAGCGUCGGGAAGGAGACUAGAUCUGAAUGCAGGACCGAUGCCGAAGGAAAUUGGCUCUGUAAGAUGUGUGGAAAAUUCGGAUCAGUCUGCGUCGGGUGACUUGGGUCACCGCCACGAGCAUAUUGAUAAGUUUCUCACGU